AGGCCGAAUUUCCCGAAUGAAAAUUCGUUCUUCGCCGCACGACCCCGUAUACACGAAAGGAGAAAAUACACGGACAUCCCUCCCAUAGUGAUUCGGUUAUUCGGAGUGCACCAGGCGAAACCUCUUACUUCUUCGAAGGCACUUCCUCUGGCAACCUCAUUUCUAACUCCAUGCCCGGCCAUGUACCGUAACUGAACUUCUUCAGUAUCGCAGACACCUGUGACCGACGACGCAUCCGACGACGGUUCAUUCUUCUCCGCGACGUUCGAUUGUUUUGCGCGCCGCUCUCUCGAAUUUCGGUGAAAACCAUCGCGACGUCCGCACAGCGAGGAAGCUCGGCAGGAACCGGUGCGGUGCGACAACACGAAGUUUUUGUUAUUUGCUGUUUUUCUGUUUGUUGUGAUAUGUGUGGUGCCUGUUAUGAGCAGCGCUAAGGUGUGCACUUUUGGAAAUCGGGGCCAACAAAUGUUGCUGAUACCGGACAUAACGUUGCCUCAGGGUUCUGAUCCAAGAGUGGCGACAUGUCGUGGCAAAUUACAAAAUCGUCGUUCCAAGCUGAAUCAAGAAAUCAACAAGGAACUCCGAUUAAGGGCUGGAGCAGAAAAUCUCUUCAAAGCUACCACAAAUCGUAAGCUGAAGGAAACAGUUGCCUUGGAACUCAGUUUCGUCAAUUCUAAUCUUCAACUCCUGAAAGAGCAGCUGGCAGAACUCAACUCUUCAGUAGAGCUCUACCAAAAUGAGAAUACCGACGCCCUCAUGCCAAUGAUACCAUUAGGUCUGAAAGAGACGAAAGAUAUAGACUUCCGCGAACCUUUCAAGGAUUUCAUUCUGGAACAUUACAGCGAGGACGCAACCAAAUACGAGGACGCCAUUGUGGAGUUCAUGGACACGCGACAGGCGAUGAGGACACCCCUGAGAGAUUCCAGCGGUAUAUCACUUCUUUUUCGCUACUACAACCAACUCUAUUUUGUGGAGAGAAGAUUCUUUCCGCCCGAUAGAUCCCUAGGGAUAUACUUCGAAUGGUUCGAUUCCCUCACAGGUGUGCCAUCUUGUCAACGUACUGUUGCCUUCGAGAAAGCUUGUGUGCUAUUUAAUAUAGGUGCUGUAUAUACUCAAAUAGGUGCUAAACAAGACAGAAGUUCCUCCAAAGGCCUUGACGCAGCUGUAGAUAGUUUCUUAAGAGCUGCUGGAACAUUUAGGUAUAUUCACGAAAACUUCACAAAUGCUCCAUCUAUGGAUCUUGGUCCAGAAAUGUUGGAGAUGCUGGUACAACUAAUGCUGGCCCAAGCCAGAGAAUGUCUCUUGGAAAAGUUGGAACUACAGUCAGAAGAAAAACGAUCAGUGGACAUAUGCCUUGACUUGGCUCAGGAAGCAUCUCAAUUAUCCGAAUGCUACAAUCAUGUACAUCAUUUGAUUUCCCAUGAGGCUGUUCACGAUUAUGUCCCCUACAGUUGGAUAUCUCUAGUCAUGGUCAAGAGGGAGUAUUACUGUGCAAUGGCUCAUUUCCACGUGGCGACAGGAGUUCUACAUAAAGAUGCAAUCAAACUAUCCGCUGCCACAAGAGAAACACUGCAAUUUUUACAUGUUGAAUGUGCCUCGACUCAAUUAGACAUAAGGAUACCAAAGGACGAUUCUGAAAGACGACUCUUAGGUAGGACGCACCUAAGGGAAGCACUUGUGUUACAAGAAGAAUGUCAAAGGCUGCACAGGAUGUGCAGAGAACUGAGGGGUAAACAAGCACUCACUCUAGUGCUUCGAAAUGCUCACCGUGUUACGUUACAGGCGUACACCAAAACGGAAAGUGAAGAUGACUUCAGUGAUAUGCUGGAUCCCCCAAACAUACAGCCGGCUACCAAAUUCCAACUGAAUCUUACGCCUCCUGACUUUGCCCAAUACCGAGUCAGCGACCUUUUCAAAUCCCUCGGGCCAAUAGCCAUCUUUUCAGCGAAGAGGCACUGGACAGCACCAAGAUUAAUACAGCUCCACAGGGGCAGGACUACAGAGGGAUUCGGAUUCUCUGUUAGGGGCGAUGCUCCAGUGAUAAUAGCAAUUGUGGAGAGCAAUUCCUUGGCUGAAUUUGGGGGAGUGAAAGAAGGUGAUUUCAUCGUUGCCAUUGGUGAGAAGGAUGUGAAAUGGGCUUCUCACGAUGAGGUUGUAUCUUUAAUCAAAAACGCUGGAGAUGCUCUCAGUCUAAAGUUGGUGACCCCGAUGGAUCGAAAUUAUUUGAAGCCAUCCAAAUCCAACAAGGGUUCCCUAUCAACACACAGCAGUAGCUCUGGUGUUUCCAGCGGUAUGUCCAGUCCCUCUGGCUCGAUGGCUCAACACAAUUCCAAUGGUAAAAGACUGCAUUGGAACCCUUUCAAGCGUCAUUCUUCAUCGCGCGAAGGCAAGGACUUCUAUGAUAACGUGAUACUGAGAUGAUCCAGAUCUUAUUCCAAACCGCUCUAUGUCUACGAUCUGCAUGGGAUGAUAAAAAUUUUUUGAGCAAAAAUUGAAUUUCGAUUGUGCCAAAUCCGGACUAUAAUAAUUGACUUCCAUUAACAGUUUUCGACAAUAUCAUCUGGUUUGGAACGAAGUUAGUAAAUGAAAAAAAAAGACUUUAAAUAACUUGCAGUUUCUUAAUUAAGGACGUUUGAAUGUAGAAAAAAUCGGUAGAUAUUGUAUUAUAUCCUGAAGCUAUUGAAUAUAUGAGACGAAAAGUCUAAUGUACUGAUAGAUGAUAACAUAUUUAUUGAUAUCUUACCAAAAUCAUUAAUCAUUUUCAUCUUUAUCAACGUAAGUUCUAAAUACAUCUAAAUAAUUAGAUAUAUUGUGAGCAAACACGAAUGUUGAUAGAAUAUAUUUGAAAGGCGACAUAUUCUCCGAAAGUUUUUAUUUUUAUUUCAAUGAUAACAGAAUUGUUAAUAACAUGAACGAUAUUUCCUAAUUUUCUUCAGAAUCUUUUUGGAAAUUAUUAAUAUUUCAUUUCGAACGAAAACUAUCUGCUGGUUGGAUAAAGUUGCUAAAUUCGCCUUUCUUAUAUUCUUCAUUGGCAUUCCAGCAUUUUCACUUGUUUCAUCGUGCAUUACUGGGUCUAAUCUGAAAUGCCCGACAUUUCAAGAUUCAGCAGUCUUACUCGUAUUUUCCGGUAUUCAUCAUAAUGUAGUGUGUAGAAUUUCGCCAAUUUGUAAAUAAGAGAAUGGUUCUUUAUGAACGAUGCUCCGUUUCUUAUAUCGAACUUCAAAUUUAGUCAUAUAAUGUACCUACAAGAAACAAUUUUUUUGAUGUUGUUGAAUUGUUAUGUAAAGUAUUAUUUAUAUGAAUAAAAUUAUGUAAUUAUUACAAUAA